AUGGCCAUCGAAAACAGCGGUACCGCCACCCCGGGUGCAAGCAAUACCAUUCAACGACUUCCAUCUCCUCCCUUCAUCCACGUUCCUGGCCUCACCAAUCUCAGAGAUGCAGGAGGCUGUACUCUUGAGAACAUCCCCGGAAAGGCCGUCCGACGCGGCAUUCUGUUCCGUUCUGCUGCGGACCCAUGCAAACUUGAUGCCACUGGUGUGGCCAUGCUUCUUCGGUUAGGCAUCACGCAUGUGUUCGACCUCCGAUCAGUCAUUGAGCUUGGUCGCUCUGGAAUUCAGGGUCACGGGGUCAGCGGGGACCAAGGGCAAGUUCAUGAUGAUCAGGCUAUGUGUGGCACUGGCAUCAAGAGGCUGUUUGUUCCUGUCUUUCUGGACAAGGACUACUCUCCUGAGGCUCUUGCAGAGAGAUUUGGGCACUAUAGUGACGGACCAGAGGGUUUUAUGAAAGCCUAUGCUACCAUUCUUGCUGCUGCUGCCGAUCCAAAUCAUCCGUAUGCCCCAUUCCGAACCAUUCUUGAGCAUCUUGCUUCACGAACUGCCCCCACUCCUGUCCUGAUCCAUUGCACUGCAGGCAAAGACAGGACGGGUGUGAUCAUUGCGCUCAUUCUGGCCCUCUGCCAUGUCUCAGACGAGACUAUUGCGGAUGAAUACAGCCUCACUGAGAUUGGUCUCGCCUCACGAAAGGAGGAGAUCAUCCAGCGCCUUAUCCGCCCUGGAGAGGCACUGGAAGGGGACAGAGAAAAGGCAGAGAGGAUGGUGAGCGCCAGGAAAGAGAACAUGCUACUCACGCUGCGUAUGAUCCGCGAGAAGUACGGCUCCGUUGAGAAAUACGUGACUGAGCACCUUGGCAUCUCUCGAGAGAGUGUCGAGCAGAUCCGGCGGAAUCUGAUUGUCGAUGUCGAGGAAUCAAGCAGCGAUAAAAAGGAGCGGGAACAACGGCCUUUGCUAUAG